AUGGCGAAUGCCUCGCCCGACCUGGACAACGCCGACGCCCAGCGCCAGCUCAACAACAACAACCGGCCUGUCAGCUCGGCAUUUUGGGAAACGGAGUGCACCAGCGCAAAGUUAUUUGAAUGCUCCCGAAUCAAAGCCCUGGCAGAGGAGCGCGACGCCGUCCAGAAGAAGACGUUCACCAAGUGGGUUAAUUCCCACCUGUCCCGAGUUUCCUGCCGCAUCUCGGACCUCUACAAUGACCUGCGUGAUGGCUACAUGCUCACGCGGCUACUGGAGGUCCUCAGCGGAGAGCUGCUGCCGAGGCCAACGCGAGGCCGGAUGCGCAUCCAUUGUCUGGAGAAUGUGGACAAAGCCCUUCAGUUCCUCAAGGAGCAGAGAGUCCAUCUGGAGAACGUGGGCUCACACGACAUUGUCGACGGGAACCACCGCCUCACACUGGGCCUCAUCUGGACGAUCAUCCUCCGAUUUCAGAUUCAGGUGAUCAAGAUCGCCACAGCGGACAACAGAGAGACACGCUCGGCAAAGGACGCUCUGCUGCUUUGGUGCCAGAUGAAGACAGCCGGGUACCCUGAGGUGAAUAUCCAGAACUUCACAAGCUGCUGGAAGGAUGGCCUUGCCUUCAACGCACUCAUUCACAGACACAGACCAGAUCUGAUUGAGUUCCAGAAGCUGACCAGAUCCAAUGCUACUCACAACCUGCAGCAGGCCUUUAAUGUUGCCGAGCAGAACCUGGGCCUCACCAAGCUGCUAGACCCCGAGGAUGUGAACACGGAGAACCCGGAUGAAAAGUCCAUCAUCACCUACGUGGUCUCCUACUACCACUACUUCUCCAAGAUGAAGGCUCUUAUAGUGGAGGGCAAGAGAGUUGGCAAGGUCUUGGACAACUGUAUCGAGGCGGAAAAACUAGUAGGCCGAUAUGAAGCGCUGGCGUCGGACCUGCUGGAAUGGAUCGAGAAGACCAUUGCCAUCAUCGGCAAUCAGAAGUUUGCUAACUCUCUGACAGGGGUUCAGCAGCAGUUGCAGGCCUUCACCACUUACUGCACUGUUGAGAAGCCUAUCAAGUUUCAGGAAAAAGGGAACUUGGAAGUCCUUCUCUUUACUAUUCAAAGCAAACUGCGAGCCAACAACCAGAAAGCCUACAUGCCUCAUGAAGGGAAGCUCAUCUCUGACAUCAACAAGGCGUGGGAGCGGCUGGAGAAGGCAGAGCAUGAAAGGGGUGUGGCUCUGCGCAAGGAGUUAAUUCGCCAGGAGAAGUUAGAGCUGCUGGCUCAGCGCUUUGACCACAAGACCACCAUGAGACAAGCGUGGCUUAAUGAGAACCAGAGGCUUGUGUCGCAGGACAACUUUGGCUACGAUCUCCCCGCCGUGGAAGCGGCCAUGAAGAAGCACGAGGCCAUUGAGGCAGACAUCGCCUCGUACGAGGAGCGCAUUGGUGUGGUGGUGGAGCUGGCUGCCGAGAUGGAGGUGGAGAGCUACUUCGACAUUCGUCGUAUCUCUGCCCGCAAGGAGAAUAUCCUGGGGCAGUGGAGCCUGCUGAAAGAACUGGUGGCUGGCAGGCGGAUCCGGCUGGAGAAAAACCUUGCUCUGCAAAAGACCUUUCAGGAUAUGGUCUACAUGAUCGACUGGAUGGAGGACACGCAGGCCCAACUGCUGUCCAAAGACUUUGGAAAGCAUCUUCUGGAGGUGGAUGACCUUCUGCAGAAGCACAGCCUGCAGGAGGCCGACAUCGGUGUGCAGGCCGAAAGGGUGGAGACCCUCAAUGCUGCAGCACUUAAAUUCACGAAUAUAGAGGGUUACCAGCCAUGCGACCCGCAGGUGAUCUGUAACCGGGUCAAUCACGUCUCGUCCUGUCUGGAGGAGCUGAAGGAGUUGGCGGCCAAGCGGCGCUCUGAACUGGAAGAUUCCAGGCAGCUGUGGGCCUUCUUCAAGGAAUUGGAAGAGUCUGAGGCGUGGAUGCGAGAAAAAAGCUCCAUACUGGGGGCUCAGGGUUAUGGAAAAGACCUGAGCAGUGUGCUUAAAUUGCUCCAGAAACACAAGACCCUUGCCGGAGAAUUGAUGGCCCACCGAGCUUUGCUGGAGAUGACCAUUCAGCGCGGUCAGGAAAUCCUCAAUGAGAAGAGCCUUGACACAGCGGGCAUCCAGGAACACAUCCUGGACGUGACCGACGAGUGGACUCGGCUGGAGGAGCAGGCAGCCCAGCGCCUCACCCAUCUACAGGAGGCGCUGAAUUUUUUUCAGUUCUCUACCGAGACGGACGACCUGGUGGUCUGGCUACAGGACUCCUACCGCUUGGUGUCAAGCGAGGACUUUGGGCACGAUGAGUACUCCACAUGUUCACUACUCAAAAAGCACCGUGGCGUCAGUGAGGACAUCGACAAGCACCGGCUACAUGUGGUGGCAUUGCGAAAACACAUGGUGGCACUGCCAUUGCGCUAUCGAGAACAAGAGGAAGUUCAGGUUCGGAUGGUGGAAGUGGAACAGCUAUAUACUGAGGUGGUGGAGGUGGGCGUCCUACGCCAGCAGUGGCUCCACGACGCCCUGGCCGUGUACCGCAUGUUCAGUGAGGUCAACGCUUGCGAGCUGUGGAUAGACGAAAAAGAGCAGUGGCUGAACAAGAUGGAGAUCCCAGAGAAGCUGGAGGAUGUAGAGGUAGUAGCGCACAGAUUUGAGUCCCUGGACCAAGAGAUGAACAGCUUAAUGGGUAGGAUCCUGGAUGUUAACCAGAUAGUCCAGCAACUUCUGGAUGGAGGACAUCCAUCCUCCACAGAGGUCAGAGGAUGUCAGGAUCACCUCAAUUCCAGAUGGAACAGCAUCGUGGCUCUGGUGGAGCAGAAGAAAGCUCAGCUUGGCAGCAUGCAACGUCUUCAAAACUACCUUCUGGAGUGUAGUGAGAUCAAGUCACAGAUCCAGGAAAAGCGCAAGGCUAUUGAUGCCACACAGUACGCAGGCAGCGACCUGGGCGGUGUACUGGCUUUGCAGCGUCGCCUCUCCACCAUGGAGGGGGCUUUGUCUGUGCUGGAGCCCAAACUGAUGCACCUACAGGAGGAAGCAGAGCACUUGGCCACCGUACAUGCCAGUCGUGCCACGGAGGUCCUCCUUCCAUUCGAUGGCAUCAGUGUCGAGUGGGAAGAGCUUAAAUGUACACUGCAAGGCUGCGAAGACUCACUAAUGGUGGCCAGCAGGCUGCAGAGUUUCAUCCAGGACCUGGACUUGUUCCUAACCUGGCUGGUCCAAACGCAGACAGCCGCCGCUUCAGAACAGCUACCUAAUGACCUGGAGGAAGCAGAGCGACUCAUUAACAAACACGCUGCACUCAAGGAAGAGAUUGGACGGUAUGAAGAGGACUACGAGCGUCUGCAGGCCAUGAAUGAGCUGCUGGAGUCUGAGGAGGCGCCUCUUCCGCAAGCCGCCUUGCAGCAGUGGCUGCAGAAGCUGGACGUGGGCUGGAACAAGCUGCUGGAGAUGUGGGACAGUCGGCGGGAUGUUCUAGUGCAGGCGCACAUCUUCCACCUUUUCCUGCGUGAUGUCAAACAAGCUGAGUCCUUCAUCAACAAUCAGGAAUCUGCGCUGGCCCACGUAGAGCUUCCAACCACAGUGGAGACGGUGGAGGCCGCAGUGAAGAAACACAAGGACUUCACCACCACCAUGGAGCUCAACCUUCACCGCAUUAAGGCCGUCAUUGAGGCCGGAGAGAGCCUCAUCAGCCAGAACAACAUCUACUCAGAGCGCAUACGACAGCGUGUAGACACACUUGCCACAAGGGGAAACCAGAAUCGUGAGCAGGCCCAGCAGUGGUUGGAAAAACUCAAUGACCAGUGGGCUCUCCAGAGGUUUCUGCAGGACUGUCAUGAGCUGGGCGACUGGGUGAACGAGAAGAUGCUCAUGGCGCGGGACGGAAACUGCGACGACACACAGAAGCUUCACAAGAAAUGGCUCAAGCACCAAGCCUUCAUGGCCGAGCUAGCGCAGAACAAAGAGUGGCUGGACAAGAUCGAAAAGGAGGGCCAGCACUUGAUUCAGGAGAAACCUGAGCUGAGCCCGUUGGUGCGUCAGAAGCUGGAGGAGAUCCGUGAAUGCUGGUUGGACCUAGAGAGCACCACGCAAGCCAAGGCCCAACAGCUUUUCCAGGCCAACAAGGCGGACCUGUUGGCUCAGAGCUACCGUAGCCUGGACCAGAGGCUUGGCCAGAUGGAGGGCCAGCUGGCCUAUGUGGACCGUGGUCACGACUUGGCUACUGUCAACAGGCAACUUAAAAAACUGCAGAGCAUGGAGUGCCAAAUGGAGGAGUGGUACCAGGAGGUUGGUGAAUUGCAGGCUCAGGCGGCCGCCGUCCCGCAGCAGACCCGAGCCAAAGAGACCGUGGCUGAGCAGCAGGCGGCAGUUGAGGCUCGCAUGGUGCGCCUGAUAGAACCCCUCAAGGAACGCAGACGCCUGCUUCUUGCUUCCAAGGAGGUGCACCAAGUGGGACGAGACCUGGAGGAUGAGAUGUUGUGGGUGCAGGAGCGCCUCCCACUGGCCAUGAGUCAGGAACAUGGAUCCUCCCUGCAGUCGGUGCAGCAGCUCAUGAAGAAGAACCAGACCCUGCAAAGGGAGCUUCAGGGCCACCUCAGCCAUGUAGAGGAAGUUUUGGAGCGUGCUGCCAUCUUUGCUUCAGUCCGCAGCCCUGAAGCCAACGCUGUGCGAGCAGGCCACGAGCAGCUGUCCCAACUUUGGGCGCUUCUCUGGGCGGAGACGGAGCGUCGGCAGCUGAUGCUGGACGCCAUGUAUCAGGCGCAGCAGUACUACUUUGACACGGCCGAGGUGGAGGCCUGGCUCAGCGAACAAGAGCUGAACAUGAUGAACGAGGAGAAAGGAAAGGACGAGCCGAGCACCUUGCAGUUGCUAAAGAAGCACCUGGUCCUGGAGCAGACCAUCGAAGACUACGCUGAAACUAUCGGCCUGCUGUCUCAGCAGUGUCGCCAGCUUCUGGAAAUAGGACACCCCGACUGUGAGCAGAUCAGCAAACGUCAGUCGCAGAUGGACCGUUUGUACGUGUCGCUGAAGGAUCUGGUGGAAGAACGCAAGAGUCGCCUGGAGCAGCAGUACUGGCUCUACCAGCUCAAUCGUGAGGUGGACGAGCUGGAACAAUGGAUCGCUCAGAGGGAGGUGGUGGCCAGCUCGCCCGAGCUGGGACAGGACUUUGAGCAUGUCAACUUGCUUCAGGAGAAGUUUACAGAGUUUGCGUCAGAGACGGGCAGCACGGGCCAGGAACGCGUGACGGCUGUCAACCAGAUGGUGGACGAGCUGAUCGACUACGGCCACGCCGAGGCUGCCGUCAUCGCCGAGUGGAAGGACGGCGUCAAUGAAUCGUGGGCUGAACUGCUGGAGUUGAUGGAGACACGGACACAGAUGCUGGCCGCCUCACAUCAACUGCACAAGUUCUUCGCUGAUUGCCGAGAGGUUUUGUCUCAGAUCGAAGAUAAACACCGCAGGUUACCGGAAGUGCGCAGUCGUCAGACCAGCACGGCCAACACCAGUACGCUGCAGAGGCUGCUGCGUGGCUUCGAGCAGGAUAUCCAACUGCUGGUCACGCAGGUGCGCCAGCUUCAGGAGAGUGCGGCCCAGUUGAGGACGGUGUAUGCCGGCGAUAAGGCUGAAGCCAUUGCAUGCAGUGAACAUCAGGUCGUGCAGUGCUGGAAAGAGCUGCUCACCUACUGUGAGGACUGUCGACUGCAGAUCACCACAGAGACGGACAAGCUCAGGUUCUUCGGAUUGGCCCGUGAUCAGAUCAUGUGGAUGGAUUCCAUUCUCUGCCAGAUCGACACGGGAGAGAAGCCAAGAUUUGUGUCCCACGUUGAUGUGUCACACUGUGUGUUCAGGGACGUAUCGUCAGUGGAAGUUUUGAUGAACUAUCAUCAGAGUCUAAGGAACGAAGUGGAUGCUCGCAGUCAGAAUGUGGUGGAAUGUAUCGACAUGGGAAAGAUGCUGCUGGCGGCAAGAAACCCUGCCGCUCACCAGAUCAAGGAAAAACUGGACCAGGUGGUCGCUAAGCAACACGAGCUUUCUGAGAAGUGGGACAAGCACUGGGAGGAGUUGCAGCAAUUGCUAGAAGUGCACCAAUUCGCUCAGGAAGCUGUAGUGGCAGAGGCAUGGUUGGCAGCGCAGGAGCCUCUGGUCAGCAGCAAGGAGCUGGGAGGCAGCGUGGACGAGGUGGAGCAACUCAUUCGGAGACACGAGGCCUUCCGCAAAGCUGCUGCCACCUGGGAAGAACGAUUCAGCUCGCUCAGACGCCUUACCACGGUGGAAAAACUGAAAGCUGAGCAAAGCAAACAGCCGGCCACUCCUCUGCUUGGCCGUAAAGUCUUCCUAGAUCCUCAGGAUGCUUCGCCGGCUCCCCCUUCCACUCUCCCCCGCCUCCCCCUCUCACCCGUCAUGAGACAGACCAUCUAUGAGCGGAACGAGGCCAGCACGCCGCCCUCUCCUUCGCCCGCCACGCCCACGCCAUCACCCUCGGCAGUUCGACAUCCCGUUCAUGCUGCCCAUCCCGCCCGUUCGUCCAUCUUGUCUGUGGCGACAGCCGCCAUGUUGGUCUCGGCUAAUCAAGUGCGAGAAAGUAGCGGGAAGACAGGUCACCUUCAGCCCAAGGUGGAGGUGGAUGCCAAGCCAUCGCCGUACCUACGCCAACCCAAAAUCAAACACCUAGACGACGCUGUGACGCCACUUCUGGUAGCCAGUCGGCUGGAGAAGGCCCGAGAAAGAGGCAGGGAGAUGGCAACAGAGCGAGCCGAGGUGGCCGUGAUGGCCGAGGUGGUCCUCCAGGAGCCUAACCGAGACCGCCUCCAUGGGGGGCCCCGACCCUCCCGGACUAACCCCGAGCCGCAGGUCCAGACUCACGCAGUGCGGCUGGAGCAUCCGCUUUCCGGCGAACAGCUCAUCCAGGCCCGCAAGAACGAGCUUCCUCAGGAGGUGUGGCGGGAACACGCCGAGCGACGGGAGCGACGGACUCUGGAGAGGCAGACGUCCAGCGAGCAGGAGGGACACGGAAGCCACGAGGGUCGCAAGAGGGAGCGAGACCGGCAUCGGCUGGAGAGGCAGGAAUCCAGCGAGCACGACACCGGGAAGGAGCAUUCGGACAGACGCUCAGCAGGAGGAACUACUAUGGCAGACAUAGUGGAGCAGCUUCAGGAGAGAGAAGCAGCACAGGCCCGAGGUGAGGUUCCCCGCCUGCCGAACGGCCUACCAGAGAAGUCUUCCCGUCCCGACAGGCCUCGAGCCCGUGACAGACCCAAACCGCGGCGUAGGCCGAGACCCAAAGAAUCAGGAGAGACCACGCGGCGAUCCCGCUCGGCACCGGCACAAAGCGGCCCAGCGGCCCCCCAGCCACCCACACACAGCGCACACCACGAGGGCUUCCUCUUCCGCAAGCUGGACAUCGAGAGCCUGAAGAAGAGCACUAACAGCAGGUCUUGGGUGAACCUGUACUGCGUGCUGAACAAAGGCGAGCUGGGCUUCUACAAGGAUGCUAAAAACACAGCCACGGCGUACAACAAUGAGCCUAUGCUAAACCUUGCACACUGCCACUGUGAUGUCACCAACGGAUACAAGAAGAAGAAGAAUGUCUUCACGCUUAAGACAAAAGACGGCAGCGAGUUCUUGUUCCACGCAAAAGACGAGGUGAGAUUUGACCUGAAGACGUGGGUGGGCAACAUUAGCAGUAGCAUCUCGGAACAUGAGGAGAUGGCCAAGUGGGGCCAGCUCCAAGCAACUACCUCAUCCACUGACGAGGGGACGCAGCGCGACGGAAGCAAGGCCGGCUCAGAACGCGGAGGCGAGCGAUCGGACAGAGCCGAGAAAGCGGAAAAGCCAGAAAAAGAGAAGGAAAAAGACAGGGGACGGGACAAAGACCGGGUGGAGCGAUCAGAUCGUGGCGGUAAGGCGGAAGCCAAACGUUCAGAAAAGCCCAGUAAGAAAAAGUGA